CCGGCUCCCGCCGUCUCGGUACCGGCAGGGCUCGGCCACGGCACCGCCAUGGAGGCGCUGCGGGCGGCGGGGCGCGCCGUACUCCGAAGUCCGCGCCUCGCCCGGCACGGCUUGGGGCUCUGCCGGCGGCGCAAGCUUCCUGAGAGCUGGGCUGAUAUGCAGGAGCCGCUGCUUGAGGGAAUGUGCUUCACACUGAAGUAUCUGGGCAUGACACUGGUAGAGAAACCCAAAGGAGAAGACAUGGCAGCUGCUGCCAUCCGCCGGAUCAUUGCCACGGCACAGGUGGGAGCUCGCAAGUUCCAGAAGGUGAUUCUGACAGUGUCUCCGAGGGGCAUCUCGCUGCAAGACGCGGACACAAAGGAGAUUGUUGAGAACAUCUCCAUCUACAGGAUCUCCUACUGCACAACAGACAAGCUGCAGAACAAAAUCUUUGCUUAUGUUGCGCAGAGCCAGGAUAGCGGGGCACUGGAGUGCCAUGCAUUCCUCUCACCCAAGAAGAAGAUUGCCCAGGCUGUGACUCUAACUGUGGCCCAGGCCUUCCAGAUGGCAUUGGAUCUCUGGGAAGCAGCAAAUGCAGGCUCUAGGCAGGAACAGCCCCUUCACCCUCCAUGUGUCUUGGAGCACAGUGAACCCGGCAGAGCAAGUGAGCCAGACCCCCCGGGGAGCCCUCCCUUCAGACACCAAUUUGGGGAGGAGGAAGAGGAGGAGGAAGAUGAAAACCUUGAUGAAACUUUAUCUGGCUACAUGGAGGAGCUGGGGAGGGGUGUCCACAGCCCAGCAGAGUUGACACCUCUUGUGCCCAGACCGAACUUGCCUACUGCGCAGCUACUGCUGAGCUGUCCCUGCCUGGGGCAACCCCCAGGCUGCUGGAAGGGGCUGGGAGGGGCUGGAGUCCCUCCCACAGCUGGCCCUGGGACUGAUGGCCCCGAGGCUACCCUGGGCUAAGCCAAGUCACUGCAGCAAUGGACCAACCACUCAGGAUUCACCCUGUGCCUGCACCCAGGCAAGCCAAUGCCUGCCCCUGCUCCCUGCACUGUCCCCAAGUGCAGGGGCUACUGACACAAUUGCCAUGCGGUGCACAGACUGCAACACCCACUCCUUGUUGUGCUGUUCACCUGCAUGAACCGCCUUGAACUGCAGUUGCUCCUUAUUCCCCUUUAAGGCUGUUGGGCCUGCAAUGCACCCAGAGCUGUGUAUCCGACUGCUCCUCAUAGUGGCAACUGGGGACCAGUUGAGGCUGAGCAGCCUGCUGUGUCUGUGUGAGGGGGGGGGUCUUACUCAGCAAAUUGAAUUUGUAUAUGAUCCUCAGGGAGUUAUAGCUCUUGGCCAGAAGAGCUCUUCCCUGCGGUUCAGCCCUACACCAUCCUGUGAGUGAAAUUAGCUGGCUUUUAAAGGAAAGCUCUGCAUUUGUAGGGAAAUAAACUGAGGUGUUUUUUUUUUUUUUUUAAUCUGUUGUCAUUUGGGUUUGAGUGCUGGAUGCAACCACAUGAAGUACCGUGUCCCCUAUGCUACCUACAGUGAGGCUUCCUGUCUGGUGGCAAGGACCUGUGCUGUCUGUCAGGGAGCCUGCAGCUGUACUGGGUCUCCCAUUUUCUUAGCUGCUGGCCCUGAGGAAGCCAUCUCCCCUGUGCCAAGGGCUGCAAGGGCCUGGGGUGGCCUUAACCUUGCUAUCUGGGAAGAAUCUGGUCCAGGCUGUGCUGGACUGGAGCAUCUUGGGCACCAGUGAAUGUCAUCUGCACAACAGGAGCUGACAGCUGAUCCUGCCUGAAGCCAGGGAGGAUACAAGCCCCAUGUGUGCUAGCAGGUCUCAACCUCUCUCACCUCUGUGCUUGCUCUGUUUCGGGGUGCCCUUGCCCUGCUGCACACUUGUCUAUGGUCUGGAGAAAUGGGCAAGUCACACACUUGGUUUCCUUCCCCAGAUAGAGCAGGGGAGGCUGUAGCCAGCAGGAUGCCUGGUUUCUCUGGCAAGCACCAGGUUUGCAGCUGCUUCCCAGGUGAGGACCUUGCUGCUGGGCUGCUGUCACAUCGCAGUGCAUGUCCCCUUCUAAGGCUGGUAACACUGGCAGACUGAGCAGGGACUUACUGCCUGCAGCCUGGGGUGGAGGAGCUGUUUUCCCAGCAUAUGCUUUAAGCAGGUGCUGUGGGGAAGGUUUGUAGUGGUGCAUUGGGGAGGACUGAGUCCACGCACACUUUUUUUUUCCACUUCCAGUCUUGUAUGUUUGACUCCUAGUCUCAUGCCACAUGAGACUUUCUUCCCACAGCUGAGGCUAGGGGGUACUUUGUAGCCAUUAUUGGGGUCAUUAGGGUGAGUGGGUUGUUGUCAGGUCCUUAUCUUUCAGCACCGAGGGAUGGCUGACAUGUUGGUAUUGUGGAUUUAACAGCCCUUGAAGUGGCUUCCUGCCCUGUGCUGAACCUUUGCUGAACCUUUGCUUGGCAUCUACACAAUCCUGCAGUGGAGUGCUGCAGCUAAUGCUAGCACAUGCUGAUUGUUUGAGUGACCCUCUGCUCACCCUGUGAAUAACUAUUCUUCACCAUCUCCUGCCACCUGGGAGGGCAGUGGGCUCUACCCUGCUGUCUGGUAGCUGUUUGUUUGUUUUUUGGGGUGGGGAUUCCCCCACCUCCUUGACUCUGCUGUGGUCAUGCUGUUUUGUUUCUUUUUGUGCACCUCAUCUGUUUAAAGAACUCAAGUUAGUAGUUGUGUGUCCAUUCUGAGCCUCCAGAAUUGCAUAAACAUUUUCCAGGGCAUCAGAGAUUU